UUCCAAUGGCAAAAACCCGAAGAUGGUUUGGGAUUGUCCGACGAAAGCUUCUCCGAUCGCCUCCACGUUCUUCUGAAACCGUCAUUGUCCUUCACACAAAUAAUACAACGUUCUCCCAAGAACAACAACCAUUAAAUAAACCAUCGCCGUCACCACCUCCCCCGUCAACCACAACCACCAUUAUCGAUGAUCACGUAUCCGAAGUUUCAACCAUCAACAAAAGUGUUGCAGCUACUAAAAUUCAAGCUUCCUUUCGACGCCACCUUGCAAAAAGAGCGUACAAGGCAUUGAGGAGUUUGGUAAAGCUGCAGGCAGUAGUACGAGGCGCGUACGUGAGGAAGCAGUCUCGUAUAGCUUUAGAAUGCAUGCACGCUCUUGCACGUCUUCAGGUUGUCGUUCGAGCUCGCCAACUUCAUCUCCUCAGUUCUAACCCAAGUUAUACUCCAGCUGUUUGAAUGUUUUCAAAUUGAAAUCUGAAUUUUGUUUUUUUUGUUUUUUAUUCAUAUAGCUUUGGGGUCAAAAGCAAUGAUGGAUAAUUUUGGGGCCAAAAUCUAAAAUGUUUCAAUUCAGUUAUUCAAGCUUUGGGCCCGCAUUGUGAUCGAGGUUAUUUAGGGCUUGUGUUGUGACUUGUGAAUUGUGAUGGUUUUAGGCCCGUUUGAUUGGGAUACAACAAAUAAACAUAACUAUUUCUGCUCA